AGGAGCGGGACAGGGUCGACAGGUCUCGGGCCCUCAGGCGGAGCGGCGGGCGCCGGACCCCCAGGUGGAGCGACAGGUCUCGGGCCCUCAGGCGGAGCGGCGGGCGCCGGACCCCCAGGUGGAGCGACAGGUCUCGGGCACCCUCAUUGGGCGCUGGACAGCGGCGGGUCGGACCAGGCCCAGGCGGUCAUUUGGUCUCAGCGGGCACCAGGUCAUCUGGCAAGGCAGUGGGCUCCGAGUCAACUGGGUAUGACCGCUGGCACUGGGUCAGACAUUGGAUCGUCUGGCUGGACAGCGGGCAUCGGGUCACCAGGCAGCGGGCACCGCGUCAUCUGGCAAGGCAGUGGGCUCCGAGUCAACAGGCACGACAGUGGCACGGGGUCAGGUACCGGAUCAUCUGGAUCAGACAGCGGGCAUCGGGUCACCUGGCCUAAUAGGUCAUCAGGCUGAGUAGAGGCAUCAGGCUGAGUAGAGGCAUCAGGCUGAGUAGAGGCAUCAGGCUGAGAGAGGCAUCAGGCUGAGUAGAGGCAUCAGGCUGAGUAGAGGCUUCAGGCUGAGUAGAGGCAUCAGGCUGAGUAGAGGCAUCAGGCUGAGUAGAGGCAUCAGGCUGAGUAGAGGCUUCAGGCUGAGUAGAGGCUUCAGGCUGAACCACGGAAGGCAGGCUCACCGGUUUGGAUACUGGCAGGAUGGUAUUGGUUGGAAAGAAUUUUCGCUUUUUUCUGGUUUUAACUACUGGAGCACUGCAAGUAAACGCAGGUCUGCAAACGAAUGGAGCAGCUGGAGACAGAGAAGAACUGGAGGAUGGAACAGGAGAGGGAGCAGUUGCUACAGAGGGCUCUUUUUACAGGGUUAAAGGCAGGAUAGGUGCAGCGAGUGGGAACAGGGUACUGACAUGCGGUAGAUAG